CGCUGGGCGGGGUUUGGUGACGUUUCAGGACACAGUGAGGAGGUCUCUUGCCGAUAAACAACUUCAAGAUCAAAACAAUCUGUGAAGAACAGCAGCGUAGAGGGAUCCUCGCAGUACACCGGCCACACCCGAACACAAACACCGUUGGAACUGCUCAGAGAGACAACAGAGGCACAAAGAUGAUCGGAAAGAUUCUUUCUCACCUGCUUGGGAACGCUGGCGAGGACUUUGAGGCAGCGGACGAGGAGCUGAUGGAGUUUGAGGAGGGAGGAUGGGUCAUUGUUAACCUCCCAGAGAGCGGGCCGCUGUCUGCCCCUAAGGCGGAUCCCCUGGAGAACCUGCUGAUUGAGCACCCCAGCAUGUCUGUCUACCAGAUGAGAUGCAGGAUGAGUGGAGCAGAGGAGGAGGAGGAGGAGGAGGAAGAAGGCUCUGAUGAAGACGAAGAGGACACCUCAAGGCCAGUGGCAGUGAGGCGGCAUAUAUCCUGGCGUCUGGCAGCCUGGGGAAUCCCCCUGCCCUGCAACAUCCAGCUGCUGGCCGUCCAGAGGGCCAGGACCCAGGCCGAGCGGAAGAAGCUGAGCCGCAGCGCCCUCCACAGGCAGAACCUGGCCAAGAUGCGAUUCUCCCCGGCAGAGAGACGCUACGGCCACUUCAAGCAGCCCUGCCAGCGCCUCUACAGCUACUGAACAGGAGGGACGGAGCUGCUUGAAAGAGGGUGUGUUGAGUUGCCACCAUAGCCCAGUGUGCAGCACAGUGCCUUGAAAUACUCAGGCUUUCUACCACUGUUUCACCUCACACAGUUCAUUCUGCAUAUCCACCAAGGCAUGUCACCACUUCCUGUGCAGUAAAAUGGUUUAAAAUCAGCCAAAUGAAGCACAGAAACACAAGUUUAUAUCUUGAUUUCAAUAUAGGCAACCAGCACUGUAACCCUCACGUCUGAAACCACUGAAAACAAUGACCCUUGAUCUCCUGACAUCAUGAAUGACCCAGUCGGCCCCUCGGGUAUUGAAAGCAACUUUCAAAUUAACGCCUUUGUACAUUAUUGAAUGAAAACAGUUGAGUUGUCUGACUUGUUUAGAUUGAUUAGAUAUAAGUAGGGGUAGAGCUAAUAGGAAGCUGAGGGUGUGUGAAUGUUGUUACACUGAUCCAAACAUGACAAAUUGAAAUCAUACUUGGCUCUUAAUUAUGAUGCAGUAGGAGUACGGCCCAUUUGGAUUGGUUAUUCCCUGGCUGCGUUCAGUAUGUAUUGUAUUACAUGCCUUAGCUUUAGACGUUUUUGUUGAGUGUAUUUAAAGUUAAUUUCAUACCACAUCGACCUGUACAGCAUUCAUUUUGUGCAAAAAUAUAACGAUGCUCUGUGAAUUUCUUAAGGUAAAUGUUCCUUUUGUUCCUGACUGAGUCGUAAGAAAUAAUUACAAAACCACUGUUUGUAUUGAGUCUACCGUUUUGCAGGUCUGUUUUAGACUCACAAAUGUAAAUACAGUUGAAUAUUAUGUUUUUCUAUUUGUAUAAAAUGUAAAAAAAAAAAAUGCAAAUAAAUCUUGUUUUCUUAA